CGCUAUAAUAAAUAUCGAAAUAAAUAGAAUGUGGAAGAAUUACAUAUUGAUUAUUCGCUAAUAUUUGGUGUUCAAGUGCAUAUGUUCAAAUUACCGAAUUUAGAAGUAGGUGUAUGAGGGCAACGGUGGGUACAUAGUGCUAAGGCAAAUGAGACGCAAUUUUUUGGAGAUGCUUCUGCAGGAGCAACCAACGGCACUACUAUACGGUCCAAGGAAACAAGAAUGCGUGUCAAGUAGAGGGAAAUAACGAAAAGAUGACAUCUUUGUCAAUUACACGUUUUGUAUAUGAGCAUCCGAACUAGCCAACAAUAAUUUCAGUGCAAAUAAUCGAAAUAUUGGUAUCGAGUGGGCAAACAAAUUCGUAAAAAUUAUCAAUCAAUAUGGAACAAGGAUUCAGUUCUGGAGGCUCAAAUGCCUCCGGCGAUAGUGUCGGAGGUUUUGGUCGUAAUAAUGCUGUUGGCAAUGCCAGUGAAGGAAAUGGAAGCGUUGGAGAUAUUAUUUAUAACAAGAAUAUCACACACAAAAAUAGUGCCAACGGCAACGGGCUUACACCAGAAGUAAAGGAGAUCUAUCGAUCUCUUUAUAUUGUUGCCAAAAACCUGGACGAUGAGAAAAAACACAUCACCACUAUAUCACAACUAUUCCAACAUGAACUGGAGGAGAAACGUGCGCAGCUGGUCCAGCUCUGUAAGAAGAUCGUCUUCAAGGACUAUCAAUCAGUGGGUAAAAAAGCACGUGAAAUCAUGUGGCGCAAAGGAUACUAUGAAUUCAUUGCUUACGUAAAGAAAAAUUGGCACAAAGAAUUAAAGGACACCACACAGGCGGGAAACCAGGACAAUUUGAUAAAAGUGGAGCGCUUUCUUUGCGCUGGUAUAUCAAAUUAUAAACGCAUGGCCGCUAAAAUGGAGGAAAUCUAUGAUCUUGAUCUGAAAUAUCUAAUUGACUUUAGUAUCAUUAGUGACGGAUACAUGCGUGAAAUAGAACAGAGUUCGUCACGCGAUGGCUGUGGCGGUGGAGACAUUAGUGCUGCACAGGCGGUAGAUAAAAGUUUGGAAGCGGUCUCUUUUGCUUUGGACACGAUACAUUCGGCCCUCUUGAGCUUAGGCGAUUUGCACCGAUAUUUUUUGGAUUUUCGCAUUGAUACCCGUCUCAAGGUCACCAAACAACAGGCAGCCAAGUACUAUUUCGAAGCGUUUAAAUUGAAUCCAGCAAUUGGAAUGUCGCAGAAUCAAUUGGGUACGCUGUAUUAUGGCCAGAAUCAUGACUUGGACUCCAUCUAUCAUUAUUUGUACUCAUUGGUUAGCAUUGUUCCCUUCGAGUUGAGUGAAAACAAUGUUUGUAAACUAUUUGCCGCUCAUGCUGAGUACUUGGAAAAAUUGGAGCCAGAAAAGAUUGAAUUUAGCUUACAAGAUUUCUACGCGCGCUUCUAUUUGAUCGUAGAUAUAUUUUUCUUCGAUAAAGAAGUGCCCGAUUUUAAUUCACUCUGCCACUGCGUACUAGUAGACCUUCGCAAAGUGCUCUGCUCGAAAGCAUUCACAUUGGAGGAGGGUUGCAUUUUCAAGAUAGUCUCGAUACUCUUCUUUUGCUUAUCGAAGCUAAAAAUGAUUAAUUCGCAGAAGGUUUACUCCUUGAAUGCUUUUCUUGUGGCCGUGUGUUCCGAUUUAAUGGACGCAUGCAUUGUAAAUUUGGAACAAAACAUUUUAGCAAAAUCAACUGAGAAUGAGGAAUUUCACGGCAUGUACGCGGAUAAAUUUGAGGAGUUUAAUAUGGUUGUCCGCAAGUCGCGUAACGAAUACAAAAAUUGGCUUGUUAAUAUCGGUGAAGCCGAUAGAAAAGAUAAGAAGUCUGCCGCUAAACCGUCAUUAAAAGAAUUCUACUCUGAUUCACGCGAAAGUCAACGCUCUAAUGAUGACUAUGUUAUCAAAACUCAGGACAGUCACAAACAUGCUAAAAUAGAUGGUGGAGCAGAUAAAAAUGGAGAUCCGAUAUCCACACGUUCGAGCGACGAGGCCAAAGAGAGCGAUCUAAAAACUCCACUAUCAUGCAAAAGCAAGAAGAAAGGAAUGAAAUUGCGUCGACGUAGGCGCAAGAUUGCGCAAUCCGAUGACAGUUCGUGCUAUGACACUGAAAGUGACAUGGAUACCGAUUUUAGUACGGACGAUGAGGAUUACACUGAUCUGAGUUCGAAUUUUGAUACUGAUUUCAGCGAUAUUGAAGCAGAGCCUGUAGCUGAUGAACGGGACGAUGCCGAUGAAGCAGAUUUUGCUAAGCAUCCUGCUAAAUCUGAGUCGCAGGAGCAAAAUGCACCUCGUCUAUCUUCUGCACCUUCCAAGGAAAGUCUCACUUCAAACGAUGGCGUUGGCCCGACUUUCUCCGACAACGAGGAUGUUGUUAUCGAGGAAGAGAAAAUUAUUUAUCCCAAUGAGCCGUCAGGACAGCUGACGAAACAACGCACUGACUCACAAGAAGUCGACAGCGAGGAAUUGCUGCGCAGUUUCGAAGUGUUGCAGCUGAAUAGUGGCUCACUUAAUUUCAGGAAUACAGACAAUGAAGAAUCACUGCCCCCUGUUGCCGAACACAAUGAAAAGCACCAGUAUGUGGACGAUGGUAAUUUGAAUCGCGGCGAACCGCCAAAGAAACUAGUUUACCGAAACAAGUACACUAAAAUAAAUCCAAAUAUUAUUGUUGAAUUUGCCCGUCACGAGCCCACUAUGCGUGCAUUAAAAAUUCUUUACGAUUGGCUACGCAUUAAUCAUGAAAUACUUUUCGGCUGCUAUCACUCUAAUCCAGAGUUCAUUCACAAAAUUAUGAAAUUGCUUAACUACUGCAAUAUCGAUAUAUUCACUCGGAAAGUGUAUUUCGAACGCGAGUUUUUGACGACAGCCAAUGUGCGAACCCAACUUGGCGAUCUAUUUGAUGUUCGCGCCAAUGUACCAUUAGCCGAGGAUUUUGUUUUCAAAAAUUUCGACAUUUUCCAAGGCACUCAACUUACGCUAGAUUGGGAGACGACCAUACGCGAGCACGUUACACCCGAAGAGGAGUGUAUUUUACGUAUUUUCAAAAUGGUUGAUUUUGGAUUCUUCAUCUGCAAGCAAAAGAAAUUUAAUUAUCGUUUUUGCGUGAAAACACGUCGUUUUACCGAAAAUGCCAAGAAAAAACGUGAAGAAAAGAAAUCGUCUUCACGCCGUCGUGAGCGACGCACUAUGAAAAAUGCUACGCGCAAGCGUGCUGAAGGCCGCACCCGUCGCUACUCGGAUCGCAAGAAUGGCAUCGUACGCAAGAGCUAUACCAGCAAUGAAGAAAAGGACACCGUUGAGGAAUGCAAGAAAGUGCCACGCAAAGGCUAUUUACGUAAUCGCAAUAUAGAAAAAUCGGUGAAUAGCGGGAAUUCAGGCGGCGCUGGUGGUGGCGGCGGCGGAGGCACAUCUGCUUCCACGACCACAAAUAGCGCCGUAUGUGACAAAGUUUUGAUGCAAUCGAGUAGCGGUGCUGAUGAAGAGCGUUCGGAAGCAAUGUCGAAGAAAUGUGAAAUUAUGGGCAAGCUGUGGCUGAAGAAUGAGGUCGAAACACUUGAGGAGGAGUUACGCAAAAACCCCUUGAAUAUUAUCAUGACCCCAUUUCUUGUUGUCGAUGCCAAGGCUUUGACUGAGUACAAUGGCAUUGUUAAAAAUCUGGUGAAAACUAAAAAAUUUAUCGUACUCAUACCAAACGCAGUCUUGAAUGAGUUGGACGAUCUGAAGAAGCGCAGCGAAAACGCUCGCAAUGUCAUACGCUGGUUGGAACAGGAGUUUAAGCAUGGAAAUCGUCAUUUGCGCGCACAGCGUGACAACGAAAAUUUGACCCUAUCGUUGCUGAAAAUUCCCAGGAAGUUAGAUCGCGACGCCGGCGUCUUCCUGCAGAUUGCACAAUUUUGUAAUCAUCUCGUUGCCAAUCAUUCUGAUCCCAAAUCGACCGAAUUCCAAACCAAUGUUGUUACCUACUUAUCUGGCGAUUCACUUUAUGAGAAACAGCGUCAUCAAACGAAUUUCAGUUUCACUGGCAUUUUAGAUGCCAUACCAGUACGUUAUGAGCAAAUUUCCAAUUUCUAUGCGAAAUUCAAGGCGAACAAAAAAUGAACUCAUAUACGCUGCAGGAGCAACGCCUGCGUGGAGCGUUUUGUGUGAACUCGGGAUCAUAAAAACAAAUGAAGAGAUGAUGAUUACAAAAUGAGAUGAAGAAAAACAUGAGCUUAUGGAGGACGAAAGAUCUAUGAAAAUGAAAAAAAAUCUAAAAUCAAAUUCAAAACCAAAAAAAAAACACCGAAACAAUUUCAAAACGUGAAUGCUGAGUGCGCGGCGGUGCGGCGUUAACGUCAUUAACAACGGCGGUAGUAUUAGCACCAGCAGCAGCUGUAGCGGUAUCAGCAGCAACAACAAAAAAACAACAUCAACAACAAUUUCAAAACUAACUGCAAAUGCGUAAUAGCAGUUUAAGAAAAUCCUUGAAAGAAACAACUACAACAAGUUUAUUUGAAAACCCACAACAACGAUGAAGAGGAGGAAGCUGAAGAUGACGAUAAUGAUGGUUACGACCGGCAUAGAGGGUGUGCCGUUGAUGUUAAAGAAUAGGAAGAAAUCUAAUGUUUCCGCCUGCAGCAUCCAACACUGCAUUCAAACAAAUCAUAGUUACAUGGGUGGUAGCGAUGCUUAAAAUACGUAUUAUUUUCGCCGGUGAUAGCAGCGUGUUAGCGAUGUGAAACGAGUGUAUAACUCAGUGAGUUUGCUUCAAUAUUGCCAGCCUUAUGUUAGGCAGGCAAUUUUAAUACCAAUACUUAAGAGCAGAAAGAAAAAA